AUGGCGAAACUCAGGCAUAAAGUUCAUAAGGAGCUUCUUUUUGAGAAAAAGAACCGAGAUUUGUUGAAGCUGCCAAAAUAUGCUCAUAUCAAGAAACGCCCGAUUAACCACCCUCCAGCAGCAUCGCCUUAUGCCGGACCAAAUGUGCCGAAGAUUGUUUACGUUUCUAGCAAAACGCCAUUCAUGAGCGCGGCCAAACGCGUCCAGAAGCUUUUACGGGAAGCCGAAAAACGCGCCAUAUCAAAGGUCAAGAUUCAAAAUAAGAAGACUGAUGAUAAAGCGAACUUUUUGCUCCUGAAAGAGAGCACUGAGGUGCUAAAAAAGGAUGAGGUAUUCAUCAAAGCUACUGGCCGCGCAAUAAAAAAAGCGAUGGAUGUUGCGAAAUGGCUUUCUGAAAAGGAAGGAUGUAAUAUCAAAACGAAGACGGGAACAUUGUUAGUUGUUGAUGACAUCGUCGAAGACGAAGAGCUGAAAAGGAGCGAACUACAGACGAAGGAUGUUGAUCAAAUAGAAGAACAGGACGACAGGAAAACAACCGGGCCAAUACGAGAUGGGCAGAAGCGCCCGAAGAGAAAGCAAGUACUUAGAGGUGAAACAAUAGCCUCGGGAGAGGACAUGCCUGAAUCACGUACACGAUGGGUCAAUGUGGUGGAGAUCGCGGUGGCCUUACGGUAA